AUGGUACUGUUAAGGCAAUUAAUUCUGGAUCUAGAAAGAAAAGAUCUAGAUAAUCACAACGUAAUAUUUCAAAAAGGCAAAGAUCCUAAUUUGGAUGCUUUCCAACGGCCUUGUAACCAUAAUACCAAAGCAUUUCAAUGCAGCUUAGUAAAAAUAAGUGAUAUUACAAGAGCAAGAGAAAAAUUUUAUUCAGAACCUGUAAAGACCAUACAAGAUCAAAAACUUUGUCAUCUAAUAUCGAAUGUCACACUCUAUGAGGGAAUAGAAAUUGAUGUUGCUAAGUAUGAGGGCAUAGAUAUAGAUAUUGAUGUAACUCAUGAGGGCAUAGGAACUAAUAACAUAGACGAUAAAGAAAAUGCUAAUGAGGUAGAACAUGAAGCUAAUGAAGAGAAUGUAGAACUUAUUUACAUAGACGCACCUGCUUCACAAAAGAUUGAAUCAAGAAAAAGAACAAAAAAUAAUGCUCUGUCCGUGCUUCCAGAAAAUCUGAUAGAACAUUUUAGUAUAUUUUCUAAAAGCCAAGAGGCUAUUGUGCAAGUUUUGAACAAGAACAUUAAAAAAAAUAUAAAAAUGGCUUCAAAAAAAUAUAACACUGAGGAAGAGAGGAUUAAGAAACGGAGAGAGCAGGUGAAACUAAAUAUGAGAAGAAUGCGAGAAAGGAUUAAGAAUGAUCCAGUUAAGCACGAAGAAGAAAAGCAAAAAGAAAGAGAUCGCUGGAAAAGAAGAUUGUAGUCUGGGAAAAUAGUAAAUAUCAAAGAUAUGAGCGACAAGAAGCAGCGAACCCUAAGAAAAAGGUGGAGAGAAAAGGCAAAAUCCAAAAGAGAGCAGUGCAGGGAAUCUAAGAGACUAAACAGAUAUCUAGAAGAAAGAUCACCACCACCACCAAGUCCUCUGCCAAGAGAACCUUAAGAGAUAGAACAAGCUGCAGAUGCUGCAGACACUCCGAAAAUUAGUAGACAGCAAGAAUCAGGAAAAAAAGAGCAAGAAGAAAUAGAGAAAACAUGAAGAAAAAGAUAGAAAACUUAAAAAGAAAUGUGGCAAAUUUGGAAAAAAAUUAAGUAAAUAUAGAAAAAAACUAUCUAGAGUUAAGAACCGAAAGUCGAAUAAUAAAAUACCUAAUUUUGACAAGCAUACGCUCAUUACAAAGACAACUCAGAAAAAACCAACUUCGUUCAAGUGAAAAUUGUUAAAACGACAAAAGAUGAGAUAAAAAAAUAUUUCUUUUUAAGAGGCUUUAGUUCACAUGGACUUUUCUGAGAAUUAUGGAUGCAAAUAUGCAGCUGAAGUACAGUCGGCUCAUUUUGGCGCUUCAAAGCCUCAAAUUUCUCUACAUACGGUUAUAUUUUACUAUCGGUGUCCAUUAACGAAUUCAGUUAAACACGUAAGCUGCUGUAGUUUGUCUAAGGAGCUGAGACACGAUCCUGCAGCAAUAUGUGCCCAUUUGGUUCCAAUUUUUAAGCAUCUUAAGGAAAAAGUGAAGAACCUGAGAAAAAUAGACUUUCUUAGCGAUGGGCCAACAACGCAAUAUAAAAAUAAAAAGAUGUUCUACCUGAUUUGCACCUUUAUAGCAAAAACUCUUGAAGUGGGCUCUUUGAGUUGGCACUACAGUGAAAGUGGUCACGGAAAGGGCGCUCCAGAUGGAAUUGGCGGUGUUGUUAAGCGCACAGCUGACAGAAUUGUGGCACUUGGAAAGGAUGUUUCAGAUUUUGAUGUAUUGGUUGAAACUCUGGGAAAACACAUAAAAUAUGUUUAAAUUAUUACUAUCAACGAAGCUGAUAUUGUUUAUUUUGAUGCUUUACUUCUUCAAGCCGAUUUGCAAGUAUUCAAAGGAACCUUAAAAAUACAUGAGCUGUUUUGGAUUAAAUCAGAUCCAUCUAGAAUAGAAUGUCGUUCUUUGACAUGCACAGACUGUUCAAAUAUUAUAAACUGCUCUCAUUAUUACCUUGGUCAUAUUGAAUUAAAAGAGAAAUUGAUGGUUGAUUCGGAUGUGGACUCAAAUUUAGACGUUCCUUAUACGUUGAAAACAGAUAAAAUGAGAAUAAGUGAUGUUUAUGGUUCUAGUAGUGACGAUGAAAAUAAAGAAAACAUUUCAUUGAACGACCAAAUUAUGGAGCUUGAAGAGAAUAGCUUCUAUAUUGUUCAAUUUUUUGGACGAGACAGAGUCGUUCAUUAUAUAGGUCAAGUUAUACAUCAUGAUAAGACAACUGAUGAAAUAAAAAUAAAAUUCAUGAGAAGAAAAGGAAAAAUAAACGAAGAUAUAAGAUUAGCUUUUCCAUACAAAGACGAUAUUUCUUUUGUCGACAAGAAAGAUAUUGUUUUAAGACUAAGAAAUCCAGGAGUUAAACGAGGUCAAUAUUUUUUUGAAGAUACGGAAUUAG